AUGACACAAAAGUACUUCUCAACAAUCAGGAGUCGUCUAUCACUCAUCAAGUAUAACAAGCUCAUCUCAACACGAGCAACAGUCUUCAAUUGCAAGCAGCUCCUUGAAGAAGCGAAGCUUCCAUUCUACAGACCAGGACAAUUUUAUCCCGUACACAUUGGCAAACUUCUACAUUCGAGAUACAGAGUAGUAGGAAAGCUUGGCUAUGGCUCUUACUCGACCGUAUGGCUAUGCCAUGAGGAAAGUGAACAGAGAUACGUGGCUGUCAAGAUCCUAACCAAGAACGGUUCAUUGAGAACACUAUCUGGAGAGCUGAGGAUAUACGACCACCUCAGCAUGUUGAAUUCUUCCCAUAUAGGAGGUUCCUAUAUCCGUGGCUUAUAUGACGCCUUCAACAUCACAACUCCAGACGGCACAUAUCCAUGUUUAGUGCACCCACCAAUGCACAUGUCUCUACAUGAUCUACGAAUGCUUUCUAGCUCCCGAAGACUGAGCGAAUUUCUACUCAAAGAAACUUUGAAAUGCAUCCUCCAAGCACUUGACUUCCUCCACAAUAAAGCGAACAUUGUUCACACCGAUAUCAAACCCUCAAACAUCAUGCUCAGCAUAGACGAUCCCUCAAUCCUACCAGACUUCGAAAUAUCCGAAAAACAAAACCCAACCCCCAAGAAAACCAUAGACAGCACCCGUUCAAUCUACACAUCUCGAAAGCUACGCCUUCCCAGAGACAUGCUCUGGGGCCAGCCCGUACUCUGCGAUCUCGGCCAGGCGAGGAUCGGACCAUCUCAUCGGGGAAUCAUCCAACCUAACAUCUACAAGGCACCAGAGGUGCUCUUCGAUAUGGAAUGGGGGUUUAGUGUCGAUAUAUGGAAUCUUGGCGUCAUGAUAUGGGAUCUAUUCGAAAACAAACAUCUGUUCAAUACUCUCGACGAAGACGGGGACUACUCGCCAUCGCACCAUGUAGCUGAGAUGGUGGGGUUUCUUGGCCUGCCACCGUUGUCAUUUAUCGAGCGAAGUCGAGAGACUCGCAAUGUGUUUUCGGAUGAUGGCAAAUGGCUAGCCGCAGGCGGAGUCACCGUCCCUGCAACCUCACUCGAGGAGAUCGAGGAGAAUCUUAGCGGAAAGAACCAAGAAAUGUUCCUUCAGUUUAUCCGAUCAAUGAUUAAAUGGGAACCUGAGAGGAGGAAGACGGCGAGGGAGUUACUGGAUGAUCCGUGGUUGAACUCGACUUCACAUUCAUAGUGAAAUCAGCUGUUGCUUUACUCAUGUUGACCUACUGAACAGAAACUAAAGUGAACUGUUGUUUAUACUAGGACACUACUAGUUGUAGCAAAGCAC